UAGCCGGGUCCGCAAAUAGCGCCCUUUUCGAAAUCUAUAAGUCCUAACAUUGAACAGUUUUGCAGGCGGUUCCUCAUUUUCCAAAAUCCUAAAAAUUCGCUUAAGAUUUCGAAAUUUCUCUCUCGCGAUGGAUUUCCAAACUAGCCGUGUGUGGAAGGAUGAGCGCAACCUGGUCAAAAAACUGUAUCGAAACGUGACCAACACAGCGCAAGUUAGGGAACUCAUCUUCUCCGCAAAAUUACCGUUUGUUCUGUUGAAUCCAAAAUUGAUCGUCGACCAAUUCCAAGUCUCCAUCGCCGUGACUAGGGCUCUUUGCAAUAUGAAAAGAAACAAAAUGAAGACAGGAUCCUUCCCCACGGAAAUCAUUUAUUGUCUUAAACCCUCAAAAGACAUUUCAGAACCGCUCAACCACUUCAGCGCGCAAGACGGCGACACGGACGUUUUCAUCAUGGGAGAAAAAGCGCUCUGGGCCAAGGUCGGGGAACAAAUUCUGGGCGAAGAAGUCAAUCUGGACCAACUCUCGACCUUCACGGAUAUCCCACUGGUCAAAAAAGUGUAUCAAAUCGAGGAGAAAGUACUCCAACGGGUCGGGUCAAGUCUCCUGGAAGAGGUCCUUAUUCCAAUGGUGUGCAACGAAUUCACGCCCUCCUGUUUCGCCAUGUGGUCUUCAAAGCCAAACGGCAACAAAAUUCGACCCCUUCUUAACCGUUAACGGUUUUUGCAAUGCAUUUUUUGCUCAAAAUAAAUCAAUACUUUAAU